GCCCUCCUCUUCACUCACUCAUUCACUCACUCACCCACUCACCUCCACUCCAUCGUCCAUCGCAUCCUCCUCAAGGCUCCUAGUCCUAGUCCUUUGUUCUUCUGUCUGAUUUUACCUCCUGUCGCCCAAAAUAUAGCCAAGCCAAGAGAUAAAGCAAGCCAAUGUCCUCCAUAGUCACCCACCACCCCAUGUCCUCAUCAACCUCCCUCAGCGCACCCAAGUUCGUGCCCCUGACCGAGCUGCCCGAGACCGCCCAGAUCGUCCUCAGCGAGAAGCCAAGGCUCAUCAACGUCACCCACCAGAUCCCCUAUGCCUGCACCAUCAUCGAUCGACCGGCCGCCAGUGCCCCCAACAAUGGUCUGUCCUCCACCUCAGCCAGCAGUCUCGGAUCGCCCGCCAACAGACGGCCCUCCAUGGCUGUGCCCCGUCAUCCCGCUGCCUCCUCUCCUUCUCAGGAAUCGGUCGAUCCCACUUCUGCGACAGACAGCGCAGCGGGAGCUGCCAAUGCUAAUUUGAAUCCCAAUCCCAAUGCCAAUACGGGCACAGCCACUGAUCCUUCCCUUCUCGAGAACGGAGACUGCAUCCUCGAUCCAAGGCGCGGCCACUCUGCUAUGUAUUCGGGAGUCAAGUCGCUGGAGAGAGACAUUGAGACGAUCCAGAUCGGAUGGGUCGGUGAGCUGGCAGAUCAGGACGGAUAUGUCGUUCCAUCCAAGAACCUGAGCGAGCAGCACAAGCAGAACCUCAAGGACAAGCUGUGGCAAAAGGAAAAGGUCGUGCCCAUCUUCCUGGACGAUAACCGGGCAGCAGGACACUACGAAGGCUACUGCAAGACAGUGCUUUGGCCAUUGUUCCAUUACAUUCUCUGGGACGAGGCCACCAAUGGCCGAGUGGAGAAGCAGAACUGGGAGGACUACGUCUUUGUCAACCAGCAGUUCGCAGACGCCAUUGUGGAGCAGUACCAGCCCGGCGACAUUGUGUGGAUUCAUGAUUACCAUCUGCUUCUCGUGCCGCAUUUGCUUCGUCAAAAGCUGCCCGGGGCAGCCAUUGGUGUCUUUAUCCACGCGCCCUUCCCGUCGUCUGAAAUCUUCAGGUGUCUCCCAAAGCGUGUGGAGGUCCUGAAUGGUCUUCUUGGUGCAAACCAGAUUGGAUUCCAGACGUACUCGUAUGCCCGCCACUUUAUCAGCUGUUGCACGCGUGUCAAUGGCUACGAAUCCACACCUCGCGGUGUAGAUGCCAUGGGAACCACCGUUUGGGUUGGAACAUUCCCGAUCGGGAUCGAUGCCGAGAGGGUCGAGCGUCAGCGCAAGGCUCCUGGAGUCCUGCCAAAGAUGGAGGCCAUCCGCAAGACCUACAAGGGCAAGCGCAUCAUCGUCGGCCGUGAUAAGUUGGACCUGGUCAAGGGUGUCCAGCAGAAACUGCAGGCCUUUGAAAAGUUCCUGAAUGACUAUCCCGAGAUGCAGGGUGAGGUCGUCCUGAUUCAAGUGACGUCUCCUCCUCUGGUCGAAAACCCCAAGCUGGAGGCCAAGAUCGCCGAGUUGGUUGCGCACAUCAACGGCACAUACGGUUCUCUCAACUUUACGCCUGUCCACCAUUAUCACCAGCACAUUGAUCGCGACGAGUACUAUGCCUUGCUGUCGAUCGCAGACAUUGGUCUGAUUACAUCCGUCAGGGACGGCAUGAAUACCACCUCGCUCGAAUAUAUCAUGUGCCAGUCCGAAAACCACGGUCCUCUUAUCCUCAGUGAAUUCACAGGAACUGCAGGAAGCUUGGGUGGAGCAUUGAUGGUCAACCCUUGGGACUACCAGGGCGUUGCUCGCGUUAUCUACGAUGCCCUGCAUCUCUCGGAGGAGGACAAGCGUACUCGGCAUAGCCAACUUCACGAACACGUGCUGUCACACACGGCUCAAUAUUGGGCCAAGCACUUUGUCUCGGAAUUGGUCUUGAACGCCAGCACCUGGGACCAGUCAACACCCACGCCGUAUCUCGACUUGAGCGUCAUUGUCGACAAAUACCGCAGUUCCAAGAAGCGUCUCUUGAUGUUCGACUACGAUGGUACACUCACUCCUAUCCGAAAGACACCCGGCGCAGCUGUCCCACAGGAGCAUAUGCUGAAGGCCCUGACUGCGCUCGCCAGUGACCCCGACAACGUUGUGUGGGUCAUCUCUGGCAGAGAUCAAAAGGUCUUGGAGGAAUGGUUGGGCGAUGUCGAGAACCUUGGUUUCAGUGCCGAGCACGGAUCGUUCAUGCGACAGCCCGGCAGCAAGAAAUGGAUCAACCUGACAGAGUCGCUCGACAUGAGCUGGAAGAACGAUGUCAUCGAGAUCUUUACCUACUACACAGAGCGUACACAGGGAUCGUUCAUUGAGCACAAGCGAUCUUCGCUCACCUGGCACUACCGCAUGGCUGACCCCGAAUUCGGUAACUUCCAGGCUAAGGAGUGCCAGAACCAUCUCGAGAACGCGGUCCUGUCCAAGCUCCCUGUCGAGAUCCUAGUUGGCAAGAAGAAUCUGGAGGUCCGACCCACGAUUGUCAACAAGGGUGAGAUUGUCAAGAGGCUGCUAAGCCAGCACCCUGAGAUCGACUUCGUCCUCUGCGCCGGAGACGACAAGACGGACGAGGACAUGUUCAGGGCAUUGGCGGGAGUCAGCAACGGCGGUGGCCAGAACCGUCGCGAGUCGCUCAACAACCGGGGUGCGAUCAUUGAGCCCUACAACGACGAGCUCGUGGCAGCGACUGCGGCCAAGAUCGCACAGGCCACGCUUCAGCACUCUCUCGAGCACUCGGUCAUCCCCCAUCGUCAAGACAGCUCCGGACCCAACGGCAUCGCCAAGACCCCCAACGGAUCCCAUCUGAGGCCACCAGAGCCAUUCUCUGCUAAGCGGAACCAGCCCUCACCAUCGACGCCUGGAUCCAUCACCAGUCUUACAUCGAUCAGCUCUCAGGGAUCAUCCACGAAUUUGGCGGACGAGCACUUUUCGAUCACGAUCGGACAUGCUCUCAAGAAGACGCUUGCUAACUGGCACGUUAGCAGCCCUGAAGAACUGAUCCGUGUCCUUGGCAUCCUCUCCGGAACCAUCGAUGCAUAGACAAGAGGAUAAUCCGCAACUGUGUCCUAGAGUUAUCAAGGCAUAUUUGUAUAUAGCUUUAACACAC